AUGAAAAGCAGAUGUGUGCUGCGGGUCGCUUUCGUCUUGUCAUCGCUAGUUUUAUCAAAAACACAAAAUGUGAUCGGACCAGAACUCUCCUGUCUAACAUCGAGUCUUGCAGACGGAAAAACGCGCGUCACGUUCCUGCGCCAGGACGCAGCCGGUGCGCGCUACUUGUACCUCAGCCUGUGGUCCGAAGAUCUGCGACUCUUAACAUGCGAAGUAAACUCCAAUCCUUUCGUCACGGAAAGAUAUCGCACUCUUUGUGAUAGAAACGCCAGCCGGACUGAAGAAAUCAGCCAGACGUUUAAUAUGAGUGUGCUGUUGGCUCCGAAUGCACCCUGCGCGUUCGUCUCCUCCAGUGCGCAAAAGUUUACCAAGCGCACAAGAAGCGAUGGGACUGAGAGGAAAACUCGGAGGAAACGCGCAUGGAUACUGCCUGGCACGUUGUGGUGUGGCAGUGGAAGCAAAGCGGGUAAAUUCGAGCAAUUAGGGAUGUUCGAGAGCGCCGAUAGAUGCUGCCGUGAGCACGACCACUGCCUGCAUAUCAUCCCAGCUUUCACAGUGAAUUACGGAGUCUUCAACCCCAACUUAUACACCGUCUCACACUGUGAGUGUGACCAAAGAUUUCGACAGUGCCUCAUGAGUGUGAAUGACAGCAUUUCCAGCAUGGUGGGCUACAGCUUCUUCAACAUCCUGCAGGUUCCCUGCUUUGAGCUCAAACAGCAGAAGCGCUGCACUGAGAUGUACUGGUGGGGAAUGUGCAAAGCAGCCAAAGUGGCUCCAUAUGCAAUCUUCCAAAGCCCCCUCCCUUACAACACCUCUAAUGUUGCACACAAACACACAGACAGCAACAAGUUAACAAGUAUCGAGGGGCAGCAAUCAACUGAAAGCCCCAUGAUCACCCCUCACAGAAAGUCACCCAAAGCUGAACGGAGAUGUGGCUUCAGAGAGCCGCCCCGAGGAGACACUUUCUACCGCAAAAGGACAAAGGGAAGAGGAUGUAAAAGACACCGGAAACUGCACGGAGUUGCUCCCUCCCGAGUGCACCCACUACCAGGGGCAAACACCACGACUUUGUCAAUUAAAACGGGUCUUUUAAAUGCUUCAAAUAAGAAAAGAGCUGGAAAAAAUAAGAGCAUCAAAAAGGGUCUGUUAGAUUACAUUUCACCACAUGUCACCACAACAUCUCAGCUGAUAACAUCUACAAGUGCCCUGCCUUUAACACAGAGACCAAAGCGUCAGCAUCUCCCAGCAGCCGCCAUCACAACAGCGAUCACCAAAAAUCACAAAAAGUUUCCAAAGCGAAGACGCUGUUGUGAAUCCGAGAUGCCUGUGAGGGGUGACACUUUUCACCCACGUUGUAAAAACUGUCUGAAACAAGCAACAACAUCUCACAUGACAACGGUUACCCCGACUAAAGCAGCUACAAAUGGAUUACCAUUUAAAGGGAUGACACAUGAGACCCCCAAAAAGACAAGAGCAACACCCAAACCGGACACUUUGGUAACUCUCUGGAAUGCAGCUACUUUUACGACGCCCACAACCACAAAACUAAAGACAAUAGCUUCUUUUCAUAAAGAUGGAAAGCCAAAAAGACAGGUGGACUCCUAUGUGCUACAGAAUAAUACAACCCCGGAGCCUGUGGAUGUUGCCGUGGCCCGAAGCACCCCUGCAGAGAGAAGCCUAAGACAGAAUAAUAACAUGACAGACACUCAGCUCCUUUGUGGAAGCCUCAAACAUUUGGAUGAGUGUAAAUUCAAAAUCCCUCCUCUGGAGAAGAAAUACGAUCUGCAGAACAUGGAAUCAAAGACGGCCUACCACUGUGACUGCACCAGCCGCUUGGCUGUUCAGAUUGAAGGCCUCAAGCAGCCCAGCAUUCUCCCCUCUCUCCUGGUGGAUUUCAUCUCUCAGCAGUGCUUUACGCUGCCAAAGGAGAAAAAGUGCCACCGUAAAAAAAGCUGCUCAAGAGGCUUCACUAAAGCCUCUGACCUACAUCAAGCACUUAAGAAGAUAGAGGAAAAAGACACUGCCGGGGUGCGAAUUUCAGGCUACGACAGAAAAAGAGGGAUUCCUGUUCGCCUUUAUAAGCGAUGCCUGAGGCUAGAAAGGCGAGCUGAUAUUAUGGCACAGCUCAGAUGAUUGUAGACUAAGCUGCUAUGUGCAGCAACAAUGAAUUUUAUAAGCUUUACAUUUCAUGCAGCUUUUCCUGUUUCUCUCUGAUGUUGUAAAAUGGCAGUUUGCUCAUGGACCAAAACCCUUGAAUACUGUAAUACAUUUGUAAAUAUGGUCCUAUAUGAAUCAUAACUGUAGGUUAUAAAGA